UCAGCAGUCAGCAGUGUGCAGCAUGCUCUGUUUGUGCAUGUGCCGUCACCAUGUGCUGCUGUCCUCAGGAAUAUGUGCUAUUUUGCGUUUAUUUCUGCACAAUUUAAGAAACCAACGUCUUUAAGUGGAAUAAGUUUAAUAAUGUUUAAUAAUUUAAGUUUAAUAAUGCCAAGGACGCCGUCUAAACUUCGUAACGCUUAGCAUUGAUCACUCGUAACUGUCAAAACGUGUGUUUGUGAAAGAACAUGUUGAGACGUGUUUCCAUGAAGACCUGACCAGCUAGGAGACAAUCAAGAAAUGGAUUACAGUUUUCCUGACCGACUGUUCCCGACGUACUUCAGCUCCGGACCCCCGAACUGCGGAUCCAAACACACCGCCGGAGGAUGGGGCGAGUACAAGGGGAUACUCAACACAUCUGAUCAGGGAGCAUGCAGCGAGGCGCAUCUGAAGAUCCUACCCAGACGGCGGACUGGAGGAGACCUCUGGGCCCCCUCGGAGCCCCUGGUACAGCCGCUGCUGCCGCCCAAACCAAUUCCUCCGUGGCUCUUGGAUUCUUCAGAGACGACAGACUUUGGACAACAUAUGGAGGACUUCUACCGGAACCACAGCGGAGAUGCCUUCGGCUCCGUCGGUGCACUGCUUCAGGACCACUUCUACCUCGGCCACAAACGGAAAAAGAGCUGGCGUAGCGACGCGCUGAGUCUGGGCUGGACGGAUGGCUUCCUGAGCAAGCUGGAACACAGGAAGUGCGAGUACACGUAUCUAAACCGCCGCGUGGUCGCCUACGACAACCUGCUGCGAGACGCCCUCCACGACAUCCCCCCCACGCUGCUCGGGGGGCUGCUCCAGGAGGAGCUGCAGCACAGCGGCCAGCGGCUGCUGUUCUCCGAGACGGCCACCGGGGGAGCCCUGGCCCACGCCGCCCUGCCCCGGGACCCCUGGCUGCUCUACGCGGCCGGGCCGGCCUCCAGCCUCCUCAACUUCCAGCGGGUGUCGCUGCGGUCCGAGGAGGGGGACGGCCCCCGGCUGGACGCCUGCAGGAAGCCCACCUGCGUGGACCUUAAAGGGCCGGUACGCCAGAUCAGCGUCUCCGCCCUGCUCUCGGACUGUUGUGUGGCUGUGCGCUCCGACUACCUGUGUGGUGUGUGGAGGUUCAAUGAGGUGGACAAACCCAAGGUCCUGCAGGUCAUCACAACAAAGCAGCCAGUCACCUGCAUCACAGCCAGUCCACACGUUCUGGGUGAGGUUCUGCUGGCUGAUGAGAGUGGAUCUGUUCACCUCUGGACCGUCGGCAAAGGCAUGACCCAGGUGCGGCGGGAGGACAGUAACCUGUACUUCAACGCCUCGUCUCCUUGGCGAUGGUGUGAGUUCUCGGCUCACCCCAGAGUGAUGCUGUACGGCGACCGCACCGGGAUGGAGCUGACCGACGCCCGGGCUGCCAACGCCCCCAGCUUCACUCUGUUCCGGAUCAGCCGGUCUCCCCAGUGUCGCAGCGGUGAGAGGGUGGUCCUUGGGAGAUACCUGGCCGACGCCAAUCCCUUCCACCACCUGGUCACCACACAGUACUCUGCCUACAUCAUGGACGAGCGUUUUCCUGUUCUGCCCAUGCUCAAGUGGGACCACAUGAUGCAGGCCCCGCCCAUCUUUGCUCAGGUUCUCCCAGGCCACGCCUCCUCCUCUGUGGGCGGGUCUAGCAGCACCAAGGUUGUGAUUGGCUCCCAGAGUUCACAAGAAAUCGUCAUGCUGCAGUACUCAGGAGGCUCAGCCGAGCCGUGUGUCAGUCUGGGGUCUCCUCAGCAGCUGCUGAGCCCCAGAGACUCUCUGGACCACCUGCCGGUCCAGCUGCCCCACCGCACCGAGGAGAGCCGCCGCAGGCUGGCCAUGCCCGCCGCAGGUAUGACGUGUUUCCCGGGCAGGCGAGGCGGAGGCGGCGGAGAGGACUCUAUCUGUGUCCUCCAGCUGACCGAGGCUGGAGACGUCUUCUACCAGGUCCUCAGACCGGAGCUCGGCGCCGGCCCGGACGCUGCAGGCCAGGACCCCCCCCUGCCGCCGCCGGGAGGGGAGGCAGGCGGGCGCGGCCUGUCCCCGUCCCAGCGGAGCGCCGGGGAGCCGCGGCCGGGUCUGGUGGCGGAGGACACGGGCAGCGAGGAGGAUAUGAUCGGGCCCACCCAGCCCCCCGGCGGGCCGCCGCCGGUGGUCCCGGAAACCCCAGAGAGGGGGCGCGGCUCGGGCUCCUCCAGUGAGGAGGAGGGGCUGGGCGGGAGGCGGAGCCGCUACCAGGGCCUGGAGGUGGUGGUGAACGAGGAGGAAGGCCAGGCCGACGCCGCGACCCUCAGAGAAAAGGGGGAGGUGGCUUCCGCCGCCCGGAUGGACCGGCCGGCGCCGCCCAGCGCCCGGGCCGCCGAGGCGUGGAGGCACUGGCUGCAGCAGCUGCUGAGGUGCAGGUCCGCGGACCGGGCCCAACCCACGGCCCGGAAGCGGCGGCGGGCGAAGAAGGGGGCCGCCCACGACCCGCUCACGGAGGACCGCCUGCAGAGCCUGCGGCGGGACCUCGGGGAGAGCAUGCUCGGCGGCUCCCUGCUGCUGCACGGCGCCACCUCCCUGCCCGCCGUGGCCCCGCCCCGGCUCCCGGACACGGUGCGCACCAAGGCCUGGGGCGACGUCCUCAGCCAGCGGCUCACCGUCUCCUGGCAGGGGGAGGAGCAGUGGAAGGCGUGGUGGUCGGACAAGCUGGGACUCAACAGGAAGGAGCGGGCGGAGGCGCUGAAGAGGAGGCGGAGCCGGGACAAGGCGAGGAGGAGGAGCAACCGCUCCCUCAGCGGCUCGAGCCUGGCCAACCCGGGCAGCUCCUGGGCCUGGUCCGACCCCGACGACGCCUCGUCCCGCUGGUCGGAGCCCGGCUCCCCCAGGUCCACGGUGUCCCAGUCCGCCCGCUGGUCGGAGCCCGGCUCCCCCAGGUCCACGGUGUCCCAGUCCGCCCGCUGGUCGGAGCCCGGCUCCCCCAGGUCCACGGUGUCCCAGUCCGCCCGCUGGUCGGAGCCCGGCUCCCCCAGGUCCACGGUGUCCCAGUCCGCCCGCUGGUCGGAGCCCGGCUCCCCCAGGUCCACGGUGUCCCAGUCCGCCCGCCUGUCGGAGCCCGGCUCCCCCAGGUCCACGGUGUCCCAGUCCGCCCGCCUGUCGGAGCCCGGCUCCCCCAGGUCCACGGUGUCCCAGUCCGCCCGCCUGUCGGAGCCCGGCUCCCCCAGGUCCACGGUGUCCCAGUCCGGUCGCUGGUCGGAGCCGGACUCCCCCAGGUCCACGGUGUCCCAGUCCGGUCGCUGGUCGGAGCCGGACUCCCCCAGGUCCACGGUGUCCAGAGCGUCCCAGCUGCAGCACUGGUCUCCUGGGUUCUCCUUGUCUGGCUCCUUGCCCAACCCCAAGGAAGGCCCUCCUCGACACCCCCGGCUGUUGGAUGUGGAGGACGACCUGGUGCCCCCCUCCUCCUCCAGCCAGCUGGUAGCAGGGGGUAGCGUACCCUCCACCCCCAGGCCUCACACCCCUGGGCCUCUCAUCCCCACGCCUCGCACACCCAGGCGGUCCCAGGCGUCCCAGGCGUUCCUCGGCCGACCUGGAAGCCAGACCUCGGCGGUCAAGAGGAAGAGGUCUCAGAUGGGAUUUUAAUAUUUAAUUUGACUCCGGGCAGCACUCUGGCUCUUUGUUUUAACCACGCAGAGGAGAAGCUGGAGGCUUCCUUGACACAGAAUGUUGUCACCGUGCGGCCUGACGGCGCGGACGCCAAGCCCCUCAGAAGCGGCCAACUGGAUUAUACAGGGUGCGUUUUGGCUAGCAGUCUCUGGAUUGGAUGUAAAGGAGCACCGCCCGUGUACGUACCAGAGGGCCGCUGGGGGACUCCAGGGCCCUUCUGCUGGGGGUCUCCCGGUCGCAGUAAGUCCACUAGCCCCCCGUCCUCAGCCUGGUGGACCGGGGGGGGGAAUCGACCCCAUGUUAUUAAUGUUGUUAAGGAUCCGCUCUGUGUUGCUGCACGGAGCUGUCCGGGCUUCUUGUGUCCUGUAGAGCGGGGCUCCUCAGCUGCAGGUCGGACUCUGAGCGUGCCGAACGCCCUGACAGCCCUCUGCACGCCACAGCUGCCGGGCUCUCUGUUUGGACAAUGGAUCGCCGACUGUGAUGCUAAAAGGGUUUCCGACAGUGCAGUCGGUCGGCACCACGGAAACACUGACAGUGGGAGAGUGGGAGAUUAAACCGUUGUGGAACUCCUGGCUAGGGCUCGGGAUAUGAUCAUGAAUAUCCUCACAACAAUAUCAAAAGGCCUACCCUAUAUAUUUUUCGAUAUAGUUUCUAGCGCAAUGUCAAAGGAACAUAGUGAAUGAGUUAUAUUUACUAUUCACAAAAAAAAAAUAUUAAGCAAGAAAAUGCCCUCACCUUUAUUUGUCAUGUAUUGAAUUCACGCAUACAUUAUUUUUUGCCAUUGGGUAAUUUCUUUAUUUCGACAGAAGUGUGUUUGUACGUCAGGGGGAGGAGUAGCAUCCUGUCUGGCCAGAAUGACGCCUCAUGACUCAGCCUCGUCUGCAGCCUUUCAUCAGAAGGGCGUGAGGACACACCUUGCUUGGUUUCAUGAUGUAAUGACUUCCUUAUUAUGAUGCAUCGUGCUUGGAAUUUGAAGCCUUUAAACCGGUUAUUACCAUCAAAUAUUUUAUUUGUUGUAAAUUGCUACCAAAGUGAACUUUAGUCUUCAUAGGAGUCAUAUUGUGAGGUGUGACCGUGCUAGUGCCUUAAUAAAACCUGGUUCUUGGUCACGUACUUAAUAUUUUCUGGUUGGUCUCGGUUGCUGAAAUCAGUGUGGUCAAAAUGAGGCAAAAAUAGUCAAAACACAAGUUUAAAAAUAAAAGGUUUUAUACGAUUUUUUUUUUCUUAUAGAUGACAAAGUGGAAUAAAUAACAUAUCUACAAAUAA